AUGUUACCGUUUUUGGCGCAUGGUCACAUAUCUCCAUUCCUGGAGCUAGCCAGGAAACUCACCGAUAGAGGAAUUCACAUCUGUCUUUGUUCUACAGCCAUCAAUUUAAGUUCCAUUUCCAAGGAAAUCAAGGGCAACUACUCUCAAUCCAUUCGACUCGUGGAGUUUCAUCUUCCAGAAUUGCGUGAACUUCCUCCUCACUACCACACAACCAAUGGCCUCCCAGCUCAUCUCCAACCAGUCCUCUUCGAAGCCCUGAAAUUGUCCAACUCUGAGAUACACAACAUCAUAAAAUCUCUGAAGCUAGACUUGGUGAUCUACGAUACAAUACUAUCUUGGCUUUCAGUAACUCCUUUAAGCACUUUUCCAUCGGUUUGGUUCCAAAUUACGAGCGCAGCCUUCUUGUCAUACACACUUCAUUUGUUAGUCAACUCCUGCUCAGAAUAUCCCUUUCCAGCCAUUUAUUUUUGGGAUUUUGAGUUUCACAAACUUCUUGCUGCCACUGGAGAUAAAACUCCGGUUGCUGGUGAAGUUUGCUCCUUUCCUAUGCUGGUUAAUACUAGUAGAGCGAUGGAAGGGAAAUCCUUGGACCACAUUGCUGGUGAGGAGGAUAUCGAGCUCAUGAAUUGGCUUGGACAGAAGGAUGUAAAUUCAACUGUGUUUACUUCCUUUGGCACUAUGUAUUUCCCAAGUGAGGAAGAGAUCAAAGAGAUUGCUCACGGAUUGGAGCUGAGCAAUGUAAAUUUCAUCUGGGCUUUAAGAUCUCCAGACGGUGACGAAAGUAGACUUGAAGAGAUUCUACCAACGGGAUUUCUUGAGAGAGUGAGAGGUAGAGGGAGAAUUGUUCAAGGAUGGGCGCCGCAGGCAAUGAUUCUUGGCCAUUCGAGCAUUGGUGGAUUUUUAUCCCACUGUGGUUGGAUAUCUUUAUCCGAAGGCAUAGAAUUUGGUGUUCCGAUAAUAGCAAUGCCUAUGAAUUUGGAACAGCCCCUUAAUGGAAGGGUGUUGGUGGAAAAUGGUGUGGCUGUGGAAGUCAUGAGAGAUGAAAAUGGUAGACUCAAGGGGGCAGAGAUAGCAAAAAUGAUCAACCAUGUGGUAAUUGGGGGUGCAGGGGAAACCAUGAGGCAGAAAAUGAAAGAUUUGAGGAAGAAGAUCAAAUCAAGUGAAGAAGACAAUCUGGAUGAACUUUUAACAUUGAUCGCCCAACUUUCUAAGAAAAACUCAGGUCAAGAUCCCAAUAUUGCAGGAGGACUUGGGACUUAAAACUGGACUUCUCCGAAGGCGUUCCUCAGCUGGUGUUCAGGGGUU